GCUCCAAGAACAGCUUCGAGACGCUGCGGAUGACGCUGGAGAACGUCACCAACCCCUGGAGCCCCGAGCACCGCCUGGUGCAGCCGACGCUGGAGCGGACCAAGUACUCCCGGGAGCGCCAGGCCGCCUUCCGCUUCGGGCAGAAGCUGCCCCCGUACCUGCUGUUCACCAGCCCCAAGCAGAACCCCUGGGGCCACCACCGCAGCUACCGCCUGCAGCUGCACUCCAUGGCCCACCAGGUGCUGCCGCCCGGCUGGCAGGAGGAGCGCGGCGUCACCUGGGCCAGGUACCCCGUGGCCGUGACGCGCUUCCGGGAGUCGGAGCUGAAGAGCAGCAGCCUCUACAACCAGAACGACCCCUGGGACCCGCCCGUGGUCUUCGAGGAGUUUCUGCGCAACAACGAGAACAUCGAGAACGAGGACCUGGUGGCCUGGGUGACCGUGGGCUUCCUGCACAUCCCCCACUCGGAGGACAUCCCCAACACGGCCACCCCCGGCAAUGCGGUGGGCUUCCUGCUCCGGCCCUUCAACUUCUUCGCGGAGGACCCGUCCCUGGCGUCCAGGGACACGGUGAUCGUGUGGCCCCGGGUCAGCGGCCCGAACUACGUGCAGCGCUGGAUCCCCGAGAACCUGGCCUGCGACUCCCCCGACCCUUUCAGUUACAACGGGACAUUCGGGCCGUGA